GCCGGUGCUGACAUGGACGUGGCCCUGGAUUUGGAGAACGCGCUGGCUGUUCUGGUGAGGGCGCCUGCGGCCGGACGCUGGCAGCUGCGCGUCUCCAGCGCUGACGGCAGCCACACCGUUCGUGCUACGGGUGUCAGCGAGGCUGGAUUUCGGCACGGCUUCUCGCGGCAGCCCAGUGACAGUUUGCGGCACACGCAUCGGACACCGCUCAGUGGCAGCCCUACGUACGUCCUGGUGAAUGGCACCGGCACCACGGUGCUCAAAGAACUCCACCUGGUCAACGUCCGAGGUGACCAGCUCGCUAAGCUGUCCCUUAACCCAGUGUCACGCCGAAUGACCCUCUACAACGCAAGCGGCACGUUCGUUCCUCCAGACGACUUCUUCUACCUCAAGGUUGUCGGCACGGACAACGCAGGCUACCCUGUAAACCGGCUCACUCCUACGGCAAUCAAGGCUGAGCCUCCAGACGUUCCAGAGGUGGCUACUCGCCAGAAGGUACUUGCCGCGGCCGGAGUGAACGUCACGCUUCGCUGCUCCCUUCGCUCACUGCUGCCCGCAGUGGUACAUUGGCUCAAGGAUGGCACUCCACUGGCUGGUCCACAGCGUUUCCGGGGAAGCUUCGAUUUUCCUCUGCACAUCAGGCGUAUAUCAUCAGAAAACGAAGGGACGUACUUCUGCACUGCAUCGAACGACAUCGGAGCGGCCAGCUCACCUGUGCUGCUCGAGAUAAAAGCAUCUUCAAUGGCUCCACCAGUGCGACUAUAUCCAGCGGAAGUGCACUUCCGAACAGGUGAUAAUGUGCGGCUCACCUGCGACGUGAAGGGGAAUCCAAAAGCGUCUGUGCAGUGGAACGUGGCGCCUGCCUUGAGAGAUCGUGUGCACAUAAACGGCUCCACAAUGACUCUUCACAAUGCCAGGGCAGGAGAUGAACUGCACGAACUAACUUGCAUGGCAUCCAGUGCGGCGGGCAGCGACGUGAAAAAACCAACACUUCAGUACGUGGAUCCUCCGAAGAUCACCGUUCGCGAGGGCCCCGUUGUCACCGUAGUCAAAGGUUCGAACAGGGCGCUCUCUUGCGGGGCUUCCGGCACGCCUCGGCCGCAGGUGCGCUGGUCUAAAGGCGGCCUGCCGGUCGCGAACGGACUACAGCCGGAUGGCUCGCUGCUUAUCACCGGCGCUGCUGAGGCUGACGCCGGCGACUACACUUGCGACGCCGUCAGUCCCGGCGGCACGGACAGCUACACCGUACGAGUCUACGUAAUGCUUCCACCACAGAUGGAAGAAGCCGUCUCACACGAGAUCUACAAGGUGAUCGAGAACGCCCCCUUCUCGCUUCAAUGCCGAUCCUCUGGAAGCCCUAUCCCUCUUUUGGAGUGGCACAAAGAUGGCCGCAAGGUGGACACGGUAGCCGACAAUCUGGGAAUCGAGUUCUCGGCGGAGCGAGACGUACUGCGUGUGGCGGCGGCCAUGUUCCUCCACGACGGCGUCUACAAGUGUGUGGCCAGCAACGCGGCCGGAAGCACGGAGCGCACCUUCCGCAUAAUUGUCUUGCUUCCCCCGCAAAUCCAGGGUCCUGCCCGUGAAGUAGUGCGGGUCGUAGAGGGCGAGGAGGCGACGCUGAGCUGCCGCGUUGUGGGCACGCCGGCACCCACGGCGUCGUUCCUUCGAGACGGCGUCUCGUGGCCCUCGGACGACCGGGGCGAGGGCCGCCGCGAACUGUUCUUCGCCGCAGCCUCGGCCGAGCGAGACGCCGGUACCUACGUGUGCCGUGCCACAAACGAGGCAGGCAGCGCCCACAAGGUGUUCGAGCUGGUGGUGCUCGGCGCAUGA